CGCCUCCGCCGCCCGCCGCCGGCUGCCGCUUCCCCGCGGACGGCGCCUUCCUGCCCGGCCGCUCGGCUAUAUUUAGCCCGUAAAUAAACACCGCGGCCGACAGGGCCGAGGCUCCUCUUCGGAGCCGGGCGCUCCGAGCCGGCCGGGCCGCGGGAUGCCGGAGAACGACGCCGGAGCCGCGGAGGCGCCCGGGCUCGCGUCUGCUCCGGCGGCCUCGACGGCUUCCCACGGCCCGGGGAGAGCGCUGGGACCGGCUCUGGCUCUGCGUGCGCGGAGCGAUCGCCAGCACCGAGCAAAGCUCUGAGCCCCAGCCGGAGCGGACGGAGAAGGAGGGAGGAGGGCAGGCUCCGGAGCGCUCCCGGAGCGGGAGAGGCGCCGGGCAGGAGGCAGGCGGAGGCAGGAGCCGGCCGGGCCUCGACACCGCCGGGCGCAGGACGGGAACGGCAGGAAGGGAGCCCGGGCGAGCCCACGCCACGGAGACUGGGAUGCCCUGAGAGCGGGAUGCUCAGGGAGCAGGAUGCUCGGAGACUGGGAUGCCCGGAGAGCGGGAUGCCCAGAAACUGGGAUAUCCGGGGAAUGGGAUGCCUGAAGAGCAGGAUGCUCGGCGACUGGGAUGCCCAGGGAACAAGAUGCCCGGAGAUGACACCAGCACCGGAGCCCUGGCCCCUGAUCAGCCGCAACUACAAGGGGGACGUGAGCAUGGCCGAGAUCGAGCACUUCAUGGCCCUGCUGCUGCAGCGCGAGGAGGAGGAGGGAGCGCCGGCGCCGCUGCUGUCCCGCGGCCGCGUCCACUUCCUCUGGAUCAAGCACGCCAACCUCUACCUGGUGGCCGCCACCAAGAAGAACGCCAACGCCUCCCUGGUCUACGCCUUCCUCUACAAGGUCUUCUCCGAGUACUUCAAGGAGCUGGAGGAGGAGAGCGUCCGGGACAACUUCGUCAUCGUCUACGAGCUGCUGGACGAGCUCAUGGACUUCGGCUUCCCGCAGACCACCGACAGCAAGAUCCUGCAGGAGUACAUCACCCAGGAGGGCAACAAGCUGGACACGGGCAAGUCACGCGUGCCCGCCACCGUCACCAACGCUGUGUCCUGGCGCUCCGAAGGCAUCAGGUACAAGAAGAACGAGGUCUUCAUCGACGUCGUCGAGUCCGUGAACCUGCUGGUGAGCGCCAGCGGCGGCGUGCUGCUCAGCGAGGUGGUGGGCACCAUCAAGCUGAAGGUCUUCCUCUCGGGGAUGCCCGAGCUGCGCCUGGGCUUGAACGACCGCGUCCUCUUCGAGCUGACCGGACGGGGCAAGAACAAGUCGGUGGAGCUGGAGGACGUCAAGUUCCACCAGUGCGUGAGGCUCUCGCGCUUCGACAACGACCGCACCAUCUCCUUCGUGCCGCCCGACGGCGACUUCGAGCUCAUGUCCUACCGCCUCAACACCCAGGUGAAGCCGCUCAUCUGGAUCGAGUCGGUCAUCGAGAAGUUCUCCCACAGCCGGGUGGAGAUCCUGGUGAAGGCCAAGGGGCAGUUCAAGAAGCAGUCGGUGGCCAACGGGGUGGAGAUCGCCGUGCCGGUGCCCAGCGACGCCGACUCGCCCAAGUUCAAGACCAGCGUGGGCUCCGCCAAGUACCUCCCGGAGAGGAACGUGGUCAUCUGGACCAUCAAGUCCUUCCCGGGCGGGAAGGAGCACCUGAUGCGCGCCCACUUCGGGCUGCCCAGCGUGGAGAAGGAGGAGGACGAGGGGCGGCCGCCCAUCUCCGUCCGCUUCGAGAUCCCCUACUUCACCGUCUCGGGAAUCCAGGUGCGCUACAUGAAGAUCGUGGAGAAGAGCGGCUACCAGGCGCUGCCCUGGGUGCGCUACAUCACCCGCAGCGGCGACUACCAGCUCCGCACCACCUAGAGGGACCUCGGCGCCCCACGGGCAUCCCUGGCGCCCCACGGACGUCCCCGGCGCCCCACGGCGCCCCGCGGACGUCCCCGGCGCCCCGCUGUCCUCCCCCUGCUAUAAAGCUUGCACCCACCUCCUCACGGCCCCGCGGCUCUCUUGGGGUGGGAGGGGACGGCCCGGGGCUGGGGGACACGAUGGGACGGGCAACAAGGUGUCCAGCACUUGGGUCCUGCUGUCCCACCACCGCGUCCAGCCCCCCUGGUGUCCCCCUCGGCCCUACACCCAGCCCUCCUGUCCCCGUGGCACCCAUCGUCCACGUCCCCCAUCAUCCACGUCCCCCAUCAUCCAUGUCACCCACCAUCUGUGUCACCCAUCAUCCAUGUCCCAUCAUCUACAUCCCAUCAUCUGUGUCCUAUCAUCCGUGUCACCCAUCUUCUGUGUCACCCAUCAUCCAUGUCCCAUCAUCCGUGUCCUGUCAUCCGUGUCACCCAUCUUCUGUGUCACCCAUCAUCCAUGUCCCAUCAUCCGUGUCCCAUUAUCUACAUCCCAUCAUGUGUGUCCUGUCAUCCAUGUCACCCAUCUUCUGUGUCCCCCAUCAUCCAUGUCCCAUCAUCCGUGUCCCAUCAUCUACAUCCCAUCAUGUGUGUCCUGUCAUCCAUGUCACCCAUCUUCUGUGUCCCCCAUCAUCCAUGUCCCAUCAUCCGUGUCCCAUCAUCUACAUCCCAUCAUCUACAUCCCAUCAUCCACGUCUCCCGUCAUCCGUGUCACCCAUCGUCUGUCACCCGUCAUCCGUGUCCCAUCAUCCAUGUCCCAUCAUCCAUGUCACCAAUCAUCCGUGUCACCUAUGUCUGUCACCCAUCAUCCGUGUCCCAUCAUCCAUGUCACCCGUUGUCCAUGUCCCCAGGCCCCAUGGUGGGACCUGGUGCCCUUUUCUCCAAAGGUCCCUGUCCCCUACCGUGUCCCCUUGUCCCCAAGUGGUGGCCCUUUGCUCCUUGUUGUCCCUGUCCUGGCGCCCAGGCCCCACAGCUGUUUAGUGCCCUUGUCCCCAUGUCCCCAGCGCCCACGUCCCCGUGUCCCCCACGCCUGUGACCCCCAGCGCCCAUGUCCCCGUGUCCCCUGGUGUCCCUGUCCCCCUGCCCCCUGUGCCACGGGCCUGCCAGCGCCUUCC